AUGUCCGACGACGACUUUCUUGAUGAUGAAAUUUAUGCACUUGCGACGACUCCGGCUGACAAGAAGCGUAAAAAGAGAGCUUCGGAAGGGAAAAGCUCAGCACGGAAACGAGUUCGGACAGACUUGGGAGCGUCAGAUAUGGACGAAAGCGAUCCCGAACCAGCCAACCCGUAUCCUUUAGAAGGCAAAUACAAGGAUGAGAACGACAGGAGGAG